UUCCGCCCGAAGAGCUACUCUAUCGAUGUGCUUGUUCCGCUAGCAGUUAACAUUAAACAAAGUCCCAAAACCAAAAGUGCUCUUUUGUUAUUGCUGAGAUGGACAAAGCGAUAGAGAGAGACAACACUCUCCUGCUUUCUGUGGAGCCUAUCACGUCACGCGACAUAGUCUAUCGUCUGGUGAGAAAUAAGUUUUCCGCGUUGCUCUUCCUGUUUGACAUUCCAAUCCUUCCUAACAAAUCACAUGAUGUUUAAAAACAUAAUAGUUCACUUUCCGCGAAAAAAAAAAAUUAAUUAUUUAGUUUACCAGAAAAUUCUUUCUUAGAACAUAUUUCUACACAGCGACUCGCGCAGGCGCGAAGCCGACAUCAACAGCGAGGAAAGUCCCGUCACGUGACAUUGCAUUCUUAGUAGAAAUAUUCAUGUACGCUGACUACAUAGCAGACUUGCUGUAGAGCCAUGGAUUACCCAGCAGAGGAUAUGUGGGAGAACUUAAGGAGCCACCGGGUGAAAAUUGUUCAAGAACUUCGUGUCGACCGAUCUGUUCUUUUUGAUCACCUGCGCAGCAAGGCCGUUUUCGACGCCGAGGAUUGUCAGAUUGUAAACGCAGAGAUAACAAAUGAACGAAAAGCCAGCAAGCUUUUGGAUAUUCUAGAGACUAAAGGAACGAAAGGUCUGCAGCAUUUCCUUGAUAUUUUGAAACACUUAAACCCAGGAUUGUACGAAAAGAUAACAAGACAGAGACCUACACCAGAUCUUACCUCCGAGUGUGCAGUAGACAUCCUUGGCAUUCAUUUGAAGGGGAACCAACAGCCCAAUACCCUUCUCGAGGAACUGAAAACUGUAUUGGAUGUUAAGUCAAGUAAGAAAUGUUUACAGUAUCUGCAAGUAAAGGCAGUGAGAGGAGGGGAAAAAGCGCCUGAAGCAUGCUACGAUCCGAGGCAAAAUGAAGAAAAAGGGUGUAAAAAGUAUGCGAAAGAAAGGCAUGCGUGUGUCCUUGUUUUGCUGAUAAAGCUAUUGUCCGCCGAGGAAGAAGCCAAAAAGUUGAAAAUUCAAGUUGAGGAAGAAAGGAAGAAGAAUGCAGAACUACUCAACAAGAUGAAAAAACUUUCACAGAGUUUUGACGAGGAACAAUGGCAGUCCAUGAAAUUAUCUGAAACGAUAGCCCUGCAGCAAAGAAGUUUCAAAACAAUCAAAGACCUCACUAGUCGGAAUCGUGAACUGAACAUGGAGAGAGACCAAGCCAUUUCGGAGCUACGUCAACUGAAGAGUUGGGUUGGAGCGUUCAAGGCCCUUUACGAGAACGUGGAAAAAAGCGCACGACAAUGCCAAGAGAGGUACGAAUCGAGCACCGCGGAAAUAAGUGCACUGAGAGAACGACUCAUUCGAACAGAAGAAGAGUUGAAGUCUUUAAAGAUGGGAGAAAAUUCCAUAAAUUCACCCAGUUUGGUAAACAAAUCAAGUGAACACGAACGGAAAGAAUGGCUGUCUUGCUCACCUUAUGAGGUCCAAGCUGGUAUGGCAUGUUCCUCUGACCAAAAUUCAGUCGAUGAGCCCAUUUCCAAUCUAUUAAACUUGGGCGUGCCGGUUUCCUCCUCAGCCGAAUGUAACCCUCAGUGGAAACAUUCACCGGAAGAAGUCAUCUGUGGUCAAUGGAAAAAAGAAAACCGAUCCCUCUAUGGAUGUUAUGUUAUCGAUGACAGCAUCACACCACAGCCUCGUCCCAGAGCAUAUGACAUUGAUAGGUCCAGAACCUCUCGUUACAAAUUCCGGGCACUACGUCGAAUUCCUUAGAUAGGAACAACCCGUACAGAGCAACAGAUUCUGGCAUGUGUAGAACACACUCCAUCAAACCUACAAGAUGAAGAUGGGAGACGGAGCGGCCUAAUAACGAUGAACUAACAUCUCAUUGAGGAGGAAUCUCCUGGUCGCUUAAUGCUGUGAAAAUGAAGAUAAGCCAUUGCAGUGAUGGACAUCUUGUACAGACUUUACCCAUCAGUAGUUGAAGACAGGAGCUCAGAGAGGCGGCUUCCCAGGAUUGAAGCGAUGUUAGUUUUUGAUCAAACGGUUACUGUUCAAACGGUUAGCUAUUCACUUUGUAUAUCCAUUCCUUUUCAAAGGAAGCUUUUUCUCAAAGAUAAAGAGUAAAAUGCUGUAUAUUAUCUGUAAUAUAAAGGUAUUUAACUUUCAGCUAAACCUUGUCCUGGAGUGAAAUGUUUGUCGCACGAUGUUGCUACUCCUAGUGUGGAUCGCGAGGUGUCGACUAUAUAUUACUAAUAUUCAUCUCGUGAUGAGAUGGACCGAGUACGAGUCACCCAAUGAACCAUUACGCUCAGCUGUGGUUGACUAGUAUUCAACAGCUGUCAUGGGCCCAUCUCGAAUAUGGAGAAUAUUAUAUAUAUCUUAUUGACCAAGCGUGAGGGCCGAUAUUCUUCCAGUACGGUCCCGAGCAAGCUUGGUUA